GUUUCCGCCUUUACCGUAACGGCCGCCGCGGGAGAGAAGCGCCAAACUCAAAACAGAAAACCAGAAACAAAAUUUCAAAACUAAAGUAAACGGGAUACCAUAAAAUAACCAAUAUUUCACUCCUGAUAUCAAGAAUAUGAGCUUACCAUGACAGAAACCCUUUUCACCCAGAUACUGCAGGCCCAGGUCAGGUGUAAAGACUGUGAAGACAGGAGGGCCAAUAUUCGAGUCAGCAUUGAACUUCAGUCAACAUCAAAUCCAGUCCACAAAAAAGAUUUGGUAGUACGGAUAACAGAUGACAUAGAUCCGUAUUUUCUUUACAACCUUGUUAUAUCAGAAGAUGAUUUCCAAAGCUUAAAGGUCCAACAGGGUCUCCUUGUAGACUUUUCAGCAUUUCCACAAAAAUUCAUAGACCUUUUGCACCAAUGUAUCCAAGAGCAAGACAAAGAAAACCCAAGAUUUCUACUGCUUUUCCUUUCAUCAACACCAGUAUUAGACCACACUCCUGCCCAUUUAAACAUAGUAGAGACGAAUGCCUUCAAACACCUUACACACCUUUCACUCAAACUUCUGCACGGCACAGAUGUGGAAAUAAAGAAGUAUUUGGCAAUCUGUUUAGCGUGUGUAAAGGAUGAAAGAUUGUUGUUGGAACAGAAGCUUCAGAAAACAGAGGAAGAUCUCUGCAGGCAGUUAAGCUACACACAACAGACUCUGUCAGAAAAGAGCCGAGAACUUGACAGAUUGAGAUCUGAAUGGAUGUCCCAAACUACUGCCCUGUCAAACAAGCAUUCUCAGGAGCUAACUUCAGAGAGGGAAAGGGCACUUGAGGCCCAGACAAAAUAUCAGCAGCAGUCUGAGCAGCAGCGACGAGAGUUGGAAAGUCUGCAUCAGAAAAACAUAGUGCAACUACAGACCAGACUAGUCGAGCUGGAGGCAUGCAACAAAGAACUGACAGAACGGAAAUACAAAUCAGAAUCAAUCAUCCGGGACCACACGGCUAAACUUGUGGGCCUGGAAGAUGAGUCGCACAGAGCAAAGCAAGAGGUCCUGUCACUGCGCCGGGAAAACUCCACCCUGGAUUUGGAGUGCCAUGAAAAGGAAAAGCACAUCAAUCAGCUGCAAACUCGAGUGGCUGUACUAGAGCAAGAGAUCAAAGACAAAGAUCAGCUGCUGAUCAGAUCAAAAGAAGUAUUGGAUGCCACUCAGGAACAAAAGAUGACCAUCGAAGAAAAUGCAGAGAAAAGACAACUUCAUAUUGGAAAACUAGAGGCAACAGUUCAGUCUUUGUCGGAGGAGUUGAUUAAGGCAAAUGAAAUUAUUAAAAAACUACAAGGAGAUGUGAAGACUCUGGGAGGCAAACUAAAACUUAAGAAUUCAGUCACCAUUCAGCAAGAAAAACUGUUAUCUGAGAAAGAAGAAAAAUUGAAGAAGGAACAGAAAGAGCUGCAUGAUGUUCAGCAGGCUCUUCGACUGAAAAAAGAGGAGGCAUCAAAACUGCAAGAGCAACUGGAAGCUACUGUUCAAAAAUUAGAGGAAAGCAAACAGCUGCUUAAAACUAAUGAAAAUGUGAUCACAUGGCUUAACAAGCAACUUAAUGAAAACCAGGUAACGAGGAAGCAAGAAACAUUAGGAAUGUUUGAUACACCACCUGGUAUUUCUUCCAGUGGAGGUUUCAGAACUGGAACUUUAGAUCAGAAUAUGGUGUUUGAAAAUCGACCCCUUCAUUCUGCCUCGGGGACAAACUAUCCUGUUACCUCUACUUUAAAUUCAAAGCAUUCCUUCUUCCCACAGUCCUUUGCUGUUAGCACUGGCAACCGUCCAUCCUUAGCACUCCACAAUCAGGGCUGUGGACCAAAGGUCCAGUUUAAUCCUCUGAUGUCUAAACCCAGUGUGUCUCCUGACGACGUAAAACCAAGGGCUCCUACAGCACAAAAUGCACAUGCCUUAUCAAAUAAAGAAAAUGGUGAACCUUUUGGGCUGGAAUCAAAGUAUUUUCAAAAACGCGAGGACAGCAUUCCUCUGCGUGGAAUUGUACAAAACAAAGAACUCCAAGUGGGUGCUGCACAUCCAUCUUCUAAACCAGGACCCUAUUCUGCAGGAUCUGCCUACUUCCCUGGACAAUAGCCAGGAUUAUUAAAUGUUGCACUCAGUUCUUCCAACCUCCACCUGAACUUACUGUACAUUUUACAAAAAGCAACUGUAUAGUGAAUGACUUCAGUCAUUUUAAAACUAAUGUAAAAAGUGAUCCCAUAUAUGCACAUUGUACAUGUUAUUAACUAAUAUGUGUAUCCAUUUGGACCCAAUUUUUAACCUCAUAGUGUAAAAAAGUUGAACAAUAAGCCCAUUUCCUCCAAAAUACUUUUUUGGGAUGUUGUAUUUAUUUUUCAGAAGUUGUUUGCAUGUUCAAUUUUUACACUACAUCAGUGCUUAUUUAACCCUAAGGAAACAUAAAAUGAAAAUUAGGGCUUUUAAGACGUUCAUCAAAUUAAUUUAAUUUGGUGUGCUAAGGUUAUAGGAAUUGUGGGAUUUUCCUUUUCUAGUAAACUGUUUUCCAGUAUCUUAAUACUGUGCAUGUAUUUUAUACUCCUAAGGUAAUUUUAAAUACACCAUUGCACAUUAUUUUAUUUUAAUUUUCAUGCAGUUUCCAGAACUGCCUUUCACUAAGAUUUGUACAGAAUUUGCAUAUGAAUUUACAUUUUCUGUUCAUCCCGAGUUCAGAACAGUAUGUCCUUUCAUUCAAGAAAAUGCAGCUAAGUGUUUUAAGCUUAUGUCAUCUAGAUAAGGUUAGAAGACAAUGUCAAAUAUUUCUUUUUAUACAAAAGGGUUAAUGGGGUCCAGUGAUAUUUGCUGAAGAUGAAUAAACAAUUACAACAGAGUAUUUAACAGUAGAUACUGUAUCCGAUAGAAUGAUUAAAAAAGUAAACCUAACUAGUCCCAGACACGUUUUUCAUAAAUUCAUACCACUUGAAGAUUUAAAAAAGUGGAAAUUGAAUUUAAAUGCUACGAUUUAAAAAUCAAACUU